AGCGGCCCCGGCGCCAUGGGCCCUCCGCGGCCGCGCUGAGCGGCGGGCGGAGAUGAACGCGUCGGGGCGGCUGCCGGCGGGGGGCGAGGAGGAGCCCCCCUCUGCCGCGCUGCUGCCGCUGGGCGGGAACGGCAGCGCCGCCGCGGGGCUGCGGGAGGGCACCCACACGGCCACCCUGGCGGCCUGCGCCUCGCUGCUGGCCCUCGUCUUCUGCCUGGGCUCCUACGGCAACCUCAUCGUCUUCUUAUCCUUCUUCGACCCGGCCCUCAGGAAAUUCAGGACCAACUUCGACUUCAUGAUCCUCAACCUCUCCUUCUGCGACCUCUUCAUCUGCGGGGUGGCCGCCCCCAUGUUCGCCUUCGUCCUCUUCUUCGACUCGGCCCGAGGCGUGCCGGGCGCCUUCUGCUUCACCUUCCACCUCACCAGCUCCGGCUUCAUCAUCAUGUCGCUGAAGACGGUGGCGGUGAUCGCCCUGCACCGCCUGCGCAUGGUGCUGGGGAAGCAGCCGCACCGCGCCGCGCCCUUCCCCUGCACGCUGCUGCUCACCCUGCUCCUCUGGGCCACCAGCUUCACCCUGGCCACCAUGGCCACCUUGAGAACGCACGGCUCCCGCCUCUGCCUGCCCAUGUCCAGCUUCGCCCGCGGGGACGGGAAGGUCAUCCUCUACCUCUACGUCACCGACUUCAUCUGCUGCGUGGCCGUGGUGUCUGUCUCCUACGUCAUGAUUGCCCAGGCCCUGCGGAGGAACGCCCGGGUGAGGAAGUGCCCGCCCGCAGUGGCCUUGGGGGCCUCCAGACCCCAGCCCUUCGUGGGGCCCCCGGCUGCCGGGCCUGGGCAGAGCGCCUUGCCCGCCUUGUACAGGAACCAGGGCUCCGGCAAGCUGCAGCAUGGCCAGGUGCACAGCUACACCACACACCUGGGCCAGCCACCGGCCGCCGGCCGGCUGCAGCUCGUGUCAGCUGUCAACCUGUCCGCAGCCAAAGACUCCAGGGCGGUGGUGACGUGUGUCGUCAUCGUGCUUUCCGUCUUGGUGUGCUGCCUGCCCCUGGGCAUCUCUUUGGUGCAGGACAUGCUGUCCAGCAGCGGUGGCUUUGUGCUCUAUCAGUUUGAGCUGUGUGGAUUUACUCUCAUUUUUUUCAAAUCCGGAUUAAACCCUUUUAUAUAUUCCCGCAACAGCGCCGGGCUUCGGAGACGAGUCCUCUGGUGCCUGCAGUACCUAUCCCUUGUCUUUUUCUGCUGUAAGCAGAAGACGAGGCUUCGAGCCAUGGGCAAAGGCAGCCUGGAAGUCAACAGGAACAAGUCGUCCCACCAUGAGACCAAUUCAGCGUACGUGUUGUCUCCUAAACCUCAGAAAAAGUUUGUGGACCAAGCCUGCGGUCCUAGUCAUUCCAAGGAGAGCGUGCUGAGUCCCAAGGCGUCCUACGGCCAUCAGCACUAUGGACAGAGCAGCUCCACCCCCAUGAACACUCGAAUCGAGCCCUAUUAUAGUAUCUAUAACAGCAGCCCUUCCCAGGAAGCGAGCACCCCAAAUAGCUUGCAGCCGGUGAACUCAACUUUUGGAUUUACCAAAUCCUACAUUGCCAUGCACUACCACACCACCACCGACUUGGUGCGAGACUAUGACAGCGCUUCGACCAAGCCGAUACCGGUGCCCUCAGUGUAACCUUGGGAAAGCAGAUCUGAUCUGGCCACUUUAGGGGAUGCCCAUCCUUGUUUGAAUUAACGAUUGUUCUAAACUCAAUGGUAUUGCUGUACUGCUGCCAAUUAAAAAAAAAAAAAUGCCACUAGUGUUAACGUCCAGCUACGUGCAUUUGAAGUGAAUACUAAAAUGUUACUUCUCUGUUUUUUUCUUGAAUUUCUGUGUCGAGUCAGAAAGGGCAACGUUUUAGGCUUGCGUUUUGAAUUGUUACUCAGUGACAUUUUUGUUACUAUUAAAAAAGAUGUUCACACUGUAAGUAUAUGAUUAAUUACAUCAUGAGGUAAAUUAUCUCAGAGAACAAUCUGAGGCUGUGCCAGGAGUGUUAUCUGUUAAACUGCAUACUUGCCGUAUUUUCGGGAAGGAAGAGUUGGGAGGAUGCUUGGUGUUAUAACGCUUCGGUUUACGUUUCCUUUUUGCAGAAGGUCGCAAGGAUUGGUGGUGUUUUGUUGUAGCAAGUGUCAGUAGCACCGAAAUCUCUGUGAAUUUCAGCCUGGAGCAGGAGGAUUGGACGGACAGUGACAUGUUGCCACCAGGAGGGGACUCGUGAGAAGAGCUGUGGUGCCAUAAUGAACCUCCGAAGUAUACGUAUUGAUUUCCAAUGCACAUUUAUUUUAAGGAUUGGUGCCAUUCUAUAUCCCUAAAUAAUAUGUUCAGACAAGUAUUUUUCAUCUGAGAGAAAUAACUAAUUACAGGUUUUGUUUGAGGAUAGGGGUGAAUGCUGCAAUAUUACAGCACUGCCACCUGUUAGUAAUGCAGUCACCUCUGGAAUAUUCUAAUUUGUAGUAGUGUUGCUGGUUGCUUUCUGUCUGUGGCUUUAUUUAAGAGUGGGAAGUGGAGAGGUUCGGCCAAGACAUUCCUGACAGCUUUGAACAACAUCUUUUAGAUCAGGAGUAGCAAGGUGUUGGAGGAACCAGGCCACUACAAGGUUUUGAGCUCGUCGUGCAAAGUCCAGUGUCAAUUUGAUUUCAAGUUUAAUAUGUCUACCCGUACUCUUUAUCUAGUGGUUGACACAGUGAGCAAACAAUAGAAGUAUUUUUUAUAAAUCCCGCCACCUGUGUUGUGCAAUGUGUUGUGGAACCUCCUCACGGAAUGGAAUGAUCUGGAGGCAUUUCAGUUCCAGACAAACACCGCUUCGGGCGGCCAGGUCUUUUCAAAGCGAGCAGUCGCCCCUCGGCUUCUGUUGGCUUCAGGAAAGCCGUAGUGUCUCCAGAGUGACUGUGCCACAGACUCCUGGUGCCCCAUGGUAGGAGAAUGCCACCCCUUUAUCAAAAUGGCAGCGAUGGGAAGGUGAUGUGUUCCUUCAGCAGAAAGAACCAUUCGCCUCAUUGCUGUGUGCGCGUCAUUGGUUCGGGCUGUUUGUUAACUAAACUGUUUUCAAGAUUUUCCUGGAAGGCCAUUACUUGAUGAACACUGUUCUUUGUUUAGCACUCUGAAUUUUAAAUAACUUUGAAUAAUUCAGUACGGCUUUAUUGCAAUAAAACGAACGCGAACAACUUUCUAA